CAUUGGCCUUCUGUCUCGUUUUGCGCCGCACAAAAUAUCAGAGCUCAACAACGACUGGAUACUGUUUAACAUCACCAGUACCACAUCCUUAUAUUUUCAUACGCGCAAACGUGAUCAUAAUAGACAGGUUGGAACGUCUGACUGAAAUACAGGGCAACUUAUUUUUCUAAACGAGUGGCGUUUGAAUUUGUUGAUAAAAAUGCCGGACAUGAUUGUUUGGUUGAGGGACAAUGGGCCAAAAUUCGGAACUGUCCCAAAGAAUCCGGGACAUGUGGUCACCCUACCCCUUAUUUUUCUAUUUGACGUUCAUGUGUGAGUCUUGAACGCGUAUAUCAUUUUAGAACGGAGCUUACAGGAGUAGUACCAACGGGGAGUGGCCAGCCAGCUGCCCAAAACAACAGAAGAACUCUUAAGGCAAGUGGCAAGUACAGCACUCAGGAACUCAAUUCCUCUAAGUGGGACACCUUCCUUCACAUGCAACUAUAUUUUCUGGAAAAUCAACUAAAUAAUGUUGAAUGUCAGGCAGGGGGCCUGGUGCUCUCUACUCAGUAAUGUCUCCUGUGGCUGCUACAAAGGAGAACCAGAUGUCAUAAACCAAGAUUGAAGCCUCCCAAAUUUUGGGGGAUUUAAUACCUGUACAACCAAUCAGCCAUGGGAGUCUGUCCUGCUGUGUCCAGGUACUUCCGGAGGUGGAAGUAUAUGAUACUGUUGUUGCUCUCUGUCUCCGUUUUGGCUUGGAUCGCCACUUUUGCCGGCGAAACAGUGAAAGCAAUUCAGGAUACCCAUAGGUCAGCACAGACACUUGAGGAUAACGCUGAGGUCCUGAGGGGGGGCAUGCAAUACUCAUGGAAAACAGUGAUGCAAGUCUUCUCCAAUCCUCUCCCUGACACCCCACCACCAAAAGAAAGCUGUCCUGAGAAAUCACCACUGCUUCAUGGAGCCCUGAAGUUGACGUUCAAGGACUCUUUAACGCUGAAGGAGGUGGAGAGUGAGAACAGUGGAGUGGCUGAGGGCCAAUACCAGCCUCCAGACUGCCUCGCCCAGCAGAGUGUGGCCAUCCUCAUCCCUCACCGUAACCGGGAGAAACACCUCCUCUACCUCCUGCAUCACCUGCACCCCUUUCUUCAGAGGCAGCAGCUGCACUACGGCAUCUACGUCAUCCACCAGGCUGGAGAGGUGACAUUUAAUCGGGCCAAGCUACUUAAUGUGGGGUACUUGGAGGCACUCAAGGACUACGAUUGGGAUUGCUUUGUUUUUCAUGACGUGGAUCUGGUUCCAGAGAACGACUACAACCUAUACAAGUGUGACCAACAGCCCAAACACUUAGUGGUCGGCAGGAACGCCACAGGAUACAAAUUGCGAUACAAAGGGUACUUUGGAGGGGUGACGGCCAUGACGAAGGACCAAUUUCACAAAGUCAACGGAUUUUCAAACACUUACUGGGGAUGGGGUGGGGAGGAUGAUGACCUUCGCAUCAGGGUGGAACUCCAGAAAAUGAAGAUUAUACGGCCACCCCCUCUUAUAGCACGCUAUACCAUGAUAUUUCAUAAAAGAGAUAGCGGCAACGAAAUUAAUAAAGACCGGAUGCUCUUGUUAGGACGGACACCUCAAGUCUGGAGAACGGAUGGCCUUAACACCUGCUCCUACAGUACUCUCUCAGUUGAGAGGCCACCUCUGUACAUUAAUGUCACAGUGGACAUUGGCAAACCACUGCACUGAGGCUUCAGAGCAUCUGUCUUUAUGUGCUGCAUUGAAUGCAGUAAUGGUGCUCUGGUAUGUCCAUGCCUACAUGUUAUGUACCUGCCCUAACAAACAGAGUGGCAGUAGCUGGUAUGCAAAAGUUUUCACGGUAAACCAUUCCAAGCAGGGCGCGUAAUAUCGCCUGGUCCUAAUAACGUAAAGUCUGGAAGCCCUUCAGUCAAAACUGGUUAGUAGUUUCUAGGGGUGAGAAUAAAACCACAAUUAAAUAUUGCUCUGCGUUAGAGGUUUGCUGUGACUUGAUUGUUUCAACAAGUAUUUGCAUUCUAAUAGAGCAUGUUAUUAUUAUUUUUAUUCUAAAGAAUCAUGGAUUUUUUAUAUUUCUUAAUCUCUGGUUGUCAAAUAAAAAUGGGAACCAAGAAUUGGUGAAUGUAGAAGGUAAAAUGGAGGAACAAGGGACAACAUAGGACACAAGGAACACGUUUUCAUAUAUGAAUCAUUCUCACAUUUGUGAAAGUAUGCUACACGGAAAUUAAUUGUAAUUUUUAUGCAAUCUUGUUACAACAGCCAACAGUGACAUCACAGUGUAGAUGGCUUCAUUGUCUAGACAUCAUAAGUUUUAUAUUUUGAAUAUGUUGCUGCAAGAUUUGUGAAGUAACUCCAACACUAAUUUAGUCAAAUGUCUAAUAUUGUAAAAUACUUUGCUUCUGUUGCCUUAAUUCAUCCAGUUGUAAAAGUACCAGAGGUCAAUUCCUGUUUUUUUUUAUUGCUGAUCUAUACAGUUCCGGUCAAAUAUAUUGCCACCCUUACAUGAUUCACUAUUCAUUCUCAAAUAAGUUGAAAUUAACCAAAACAUGUGUUCUUCACAUGUGUAUUUGUAGGUUUUACAACUGCACAGACCCCCGCUCCCCCAAAAAACAACUGAAAUUUAGAUUUUUCACAUCGAAGUCAAAUGGCCUGCAAUAACUUAUUCAAUAUUCUAAAUCAUUUGGUUGGAGUCAAGUUCUCGUUUACUGGGUUCCAUCUAUCUGGAUCCUUGUGGGCCAUCUUGAGUCAAAGCAAGCUGUCCCAUUUAGGCUGUUAAGAGCCACCUACUGCCUUUGACACUUUCACUGUUUUGCUCAAAUGUAUUCUUCAUCAAUGCUUGUUUUAACAAUGUUAUUUAUCAUAUCAAAUAUGACUAUUGUGUUUAAAUGUUUAAUAUGGUUUUGGUAUGGCCUGCUCUUUCACAUGUAUCCUUCUGUAAGUUAUGCAUGCAUUCAUAUUUUCAUGGUGUGCGGUUACAGCUAUAUGAGUAGUACUGUAGUGUUCAACAUUUGUUUUUCUGUGGUCCUACUUUAUCUGAUUUAUAAAUUAUUGAUGUUUUAGAAUAUGUUUUGGGAUGCCAUAAUGACUGAUCAAUUAAGAGUGCCUUGUUCGGUGAGACCUUUCUCUCUUGAAUCCUUUCCUUUCAAAAUAACAUUUUUAAUCUUGUAGAUUGUUUUUUAUAGGUGGGAAGAGACAUGAAUCAGAUGGGACUUGUGAAAUAAAUGAUCUAUUUCUAUAAACAGUCA